AUGCCAGGUAAUGCAAUUUUAAAAUUUAGUUUUAGGAAUCAAUUAAUUAGACUAUAUGAUGUGCUUAAUGGAUAUUAAAAUCAUUGAGUAGACAUAAUCCUUACCUCGUUUUUAAUUGCAAUAGCAAAUAGAUUGUAGAGAUGGAAUCAAAGAGUGA